AUGUCGGGGACUUUGCGCGACGUGGCGUACACGGAUGAGAUGAACGCCGUGUUGGGGAUGACUACACGCUGGGUGGCAGAAGCAAUAAAGUCCCAGUUCGAUGUAGCAAUGGGUGGUGAAAUUGCUGACUCGUGCGCCUUCCGGGAUAACGGAGCACAUGUGACUGUCUCUCGAAAUGGACGAGAGUAUCUUCUGGAGAAGGAAAGCUGGAAGUGUGAUUGCGGUUUCUCCCAGACGAUGCAGCUCCCUUGUCGUCAUGCGUGGUGUACAGAAAGACGUGUGGAAACCCGUUUGUCAUCCCUUACGGAGCAAUUGAGACCAGGUACGUUCCGCUGCUUUCCAGGUAUUGCCCAGGUACCGAACAGAUGGUUUGGGCGGAGUCGCUGUUCACUAGAGCAUCUAACUGAGAUACCAGAAUCAUUUGUGGCCAAAAUCUUCAAAGCAAAAGGAGGAGAUUCGACGACGGCUACUGCCCUUAGUGAGCCGGAGAAAUACCGGCGAGCCCAACAAACCUUCGCUCGUAUUGGAAGCGAGCUUGCGCGGCUAGACGACGGUGAGACUGCACUUGAAGAAUUAGACCGCUGGUGGUACAAUUUGAGACAGCGGGCUGGCGUGGCGGUCCCUACUGGAGAAGAAGAUGAGCAUGUCCACAACCAUGAAGAUGACGAUCAACACGGAGAAGGGGAAACGGAGACUCUACCGGUACGUUGCCGACAAGUCGGGGCGACAGUGGUCCCGUGGCUCAAGACGGCGCGAUUGCAUGCACCGAUACUAAUGAACCAACUCAACGGACUAAAGGGUGGUUCUGUACCGGUGGCUUUGGUGCCCACGAUACGCCUUUCCGGUAAAGUUCGAAGGGCGGGUCGGCCGAACCUGAAUCGAGUACAAGUGAAAGAGAAGUCUCGAGUAGCUCACAAAGAAUACAAUCAAGGGAUGCGAUUGAGAGUUCUUCUCCGGGGAAGUGACGUUUGCGACGUCGUUACAACUUUACGUGAAAUACGGCCUGGUGUAAGCGAAGUCGGGUCUUAUUUGGCCACCCAUGAAGUCAAGACGAGUGCCAGCAAGCGGACCCCGAAGUGGAGCAUCGAGGACAACUUUGUGCCUUCUCGAGUGCGGUUUAGGCUUCCUGAGGAAGUUAUCAGCAACGCAUUAAACCUUUUGAAAACCGAAAUUCGCGAUGGUGACACAGAAAUCGAACUAGAGCAACUGGAAGCCAUGCAGUGGCUUUGGAACCUACAGUCGGCUUGCAGAGAAGCCGUGUUGAGCUGCACGUGGCUCACUCGUUCGGUUAAAGAAGUGGAAGAUGACACAUCACCGGCACACGUAGCUUUCUUACAGAUUUUGGAGUGUUGGCCGUACGCUGCGUUAAAAGAGUUCGGGUUUGACCUAUCGUACGCGGCAAUAUUUUGCCUGAGGGACUCGCAAUGGCUGAACGAUACCGUGAUGAGAGCUGUUGCGGUAAGCUUGAGCCGCUUCAAGAACAACCAGACUGUGAUGCUGCCUCCGCCGACUAGCGAUGGACAGCGCGGUGAUAUUCUGCAAGAAAAAGCCAUCCGUUCUAUCGCUCGAGCGGUGGCUUCGCGACCUUUCGUCCUGAUGCCCGUUAAUCUUGGAGGGGUGCGUUGGGCUGGUCUCCCCUGA